CAUGUAAUUAUGUGGAUAUUGCGUAUUGUAGAUGGUUCUCAUAGGAAAGAGCCUCUGAGGGCCGUGGAUGUGCUGCCCAUCCUGAGAGAGAAGCUGGUCUACCUGUCAGGGGGUAGAGAUCGUAGAGGGGGGCCCAUUCUCACCUUUGUGGCCCCUAGUGACCCCGAUCGCCUCAGACAGGAUGACUUUCGACCCCUGCUGGAGUACCUCGCCACCGUUCCCAGUGAGGAGGCGUGCCGGCACGGCUUCACGGUGGUCGUGGACACGCGUAACUCUCGCUGGGACCAGAUCCGGCCGCUGCUGAAGCUGCUGCAGGACGGCUUCCCCCGCGCCAUCAACACCACGCUGGUCAUCAAGCCCGACAGCGUCUGGCUCAAGCACCGCAGCUCCCUGGGCAGCGCCAAGUUCGACUUUGAGACCUACAUGGUGUCCAUCGAUGAGCUGUCGGGGCUGGUGGACGCGUCCCAGCUUCCCCCCGAGCUGGGCGGCACGCUGCCUUAUGAGCACGAGGCCUGGCUGGAGCAGCGCGUGGCCUUCGAGAGCUUCAGCUGUGACGCCUCGCGCGUCCUGAGCCGCCUGCAGGAUGUCCUGGGCCCGCCGGCGCCCACGCAGCGCUCCCUGGUGGGCGAGGGCGGUAGCGCGGCGCGACGCAGCAUGGAGGAGCUGGCCCUGCUGCGGACCCGCGUGACUGAGGGCGAGCUUCGCGAGCUGGAGGCCGAAGGCCGCCGCCUCCUGCAGCGUCUCCACGCCAACGACCCCCGUAGCACGGGCGGGGGAGGAGCCAAUGACCCGCUGGUGGCACGGGUGUCGGCACAGGUGGAGCGCGUGCAGGAUGCGCGACUGCACAUGCACCAGGUGUGGCAGCUGCAGAAGCACCAGGACCAGAACCUGCAGCUGCGCAUGUACGAACAGGACGUACAACAGAUGCUGGAGUGGAUCAUGCACAACAAGUCUCUGCUGUUGUCCAGCCACUCUGAGAUCGGGGCCGACCACCAGCACGCCCUGGAGCUGCAGAGUGAACACAGCCACUUCGCCCUUAGCUGCAUGGAUGUGUAUGUGAACGUGAGCCGCAUCAUGUCGCUGGGCAACCGUCUGAUGGAGCUGGGCCACACGUCUGCCCAGCAGAUCCAGCAGCUGUCCGGGCAGCUGGAGCAGGAGUGGAGGGCCUUCGCUGCCGCCCUGGACGAACGCAGCUGCCUCCUAGAGAGCUCCGCUGCCUUCCACCAUCGCGCUGAACAGUACCUGAGCAGUGUGGGGGCGUGGAGGGAGGCGUGCGGGGAGGAGAAGCUGCCCAGUGAGCUCCAAGACCUGGAGGACGGAAUACAGCAGCACCAGAACCUAUACGAGCUGUUCAGUACCGCAUAUACCAAGGUGAGUCAGGAGGGGAAGCUUCUCCUGGAGCGUCUCCAGCGCCCCCUGGCGGUGGCCGGCGGUGACUCGACGGCGCCCUCUGCCAGCCUGUCCCAGACGGUGCGGGCCGUGCUGGAGGUGGUGCACGAGGUGCUUCGCCAGCAGAGGGAGCUGGAGAACGGCUGGCAGCAGCGCAAGCUCCGGCUGCACCAGCGUCUGCAGCUGUGCGUCUUCCAGCAGGAUGUCAAGCAGGUGAUGGACUGGAUUGAAGACCACGGUGAGGUGUUUUUGAGCAAACACACGGGAGUGGGCAGGUCCCUCCAGAGAGCUCGAGCUCUGCAGAAGAGGCAUGAGGACUUUGAGGAGGUCGCACAGAACACCUUCACCAAUGCGGAGCGUCUGCUGGAGGCUGCUGAGCUACUGGGCCAGACGAGGGAGUGCGAUCCCCAGGAGAUCCAGCAGGCGGCGCAGCAGCUGCAGCAAAGGCUACAGGAGUUCGCCCAGCGUGUGGAGCUACGAAGGGGCUUGCUAAACACCUCAGUCGCCUUCCACACACACGGCAAAGAGAUGUGGGUGUGGCUAGAGGACGUGCAGGCGGAGCUCCAGGAGGAGGUGAGGGCGGAGUCUGUGGAGGCCGUGGAGGAGCUGAUUGGGCGUUGUGACCAGCAGCAGAGCAGCCGAGAGCAGGCCGCUACCACGCUCAACCAGCAGGGGGAGGAGUUGCUCCAGCAGCUCAGGUCGUGUGCGGUGAGUGGGGGCAAGGCCCCCCCCAGCAGCUCGGCAGCUCAUGUGCGCAGCGUGCUGCAGCAGGUGGGGGGCGUGGAGGCCCAGGUGGAGGACCUGCUGAGGGAGAGGAGGGGGCAGCUGGAGCUGCUGCUGACCCUGCGCACCUUCGAGAGGGACGCCGCACAGCUUCAGCAGUUCACCGAGAACACCCUCCGCCUGAAGAAGAGACACACGCACAUCGCACACCAGGGACAGCAGCUGCUGCUACAGCUACGGGAACUGCAGGGUACAGGUGUGGAGCUGCUGAGCGAGCGAGAUGUGGACGUGGCGGCUCGCGUGCAGGACCUGUUGGACUUCCUGCAGCAGAAGCAGCAUGAGCUGGACAGCAACGCCGAGCAGCAGAGGCUACAGCUGGAGCAGACGGCACAGCUACGCCACCUACAGACACAGGUCAAACAGGUCCUUGGUUGGAUCAGGAAUGGAGAGUCUAUGCUGAAUGCUGCGGUGAUCAGUGCCAGCUCUCUGGAGGAGGCCGAACAGCUACAGAGGGAACACGAACAGUUCCAGCACUCAAUAGAGAAAACCCACCAGAUGGCACUGCAGGUGCAGCAGCAGGCGGAGGCCCUGCUAUUGGCCGAGCAUGGGGAGGCGGAGCUUAUUCGAGAGUGCGCAGAGAGUGUGGCCGCCCACUGGCAGCAGCUCAUGCUCAAGAUGGAAGACCGCCUCAAACUCGUCAACGCCGCUGUAGCGUUCUACAAGACCUCCGAACAGGUGUGUGGUGUGCUGGAGAGCUUAGAGGAGGAGUAUCAGCAUGAGGAGGACUGGUGUGGGGGCGGAGACAAACUAGGUCCCACCUCCGAGAGUGAUCAUGUGACCCCCAUGAUCAGCAAACACCUGGAGCAGAAGGAAGCCUUCCUGAAGGCGUGCACAUUGGCCAGGCGAAAUGCAGAUGUCUUCCUGAAGUACCUGCAGCGCUGCAGUCUGCACCUGCCCUCUGAGCCCGCCCACUGCACAGACACCCAGAAGCAAGUCAGGACUAUCCUGAGUGAACUGCUCCAGAGAGAGAACCGAGUUCUGCACUUCUGGACCCUGAGGAAGAGGAGGCUGGACCAGUGCCAUCAGUAUGUCAUGUUUGAGCGCACCGCUAAACAGCUGCUGGACUGGCUCCAUGACACAGGAGAGUUCUACCUGUCCACACACGCCUCCAUGGGCUCAAGUCUACAACACACACGACAACUGCUCACAGAACAUGAGGAGUUUCACCUCACAGCAAAGCAGAACCGUGAGCGCGUGGCCGUGCUGCUGCAGCUGGCCGACGGCUUCCGGGAGAAAGGCCACGCCCACACGGCAGAGAUCCAGAAGUGGGCGGGGCUGGUGGAGCAUCGCCACAGCGAGUUCUGGCUGCGGCUGGAGAUACGAGGGGCCGCCCUGGAGGAGUCGCUGGGUCUGUCGUCCGAGACGACUAGCUUGAAUGAAGACGUGCAGCUGGAGCUGACGCCCACCAGUGCCUCGGGGUCAGAGGUCAAGCUGAGGGAGGCCGCACACGAGCUCAACGAGGAGAAGCGCAAGUCAGCACGCCGGAAAGAUUUCAUCAUGGCUGAACUAUUACAGACGGAGAAGGCCUAUGUCAGAGAUCUGAGAGAGUGUAUGGACACAUACCUGUGGGAGAUGAGCUGUGGCGUGGGGGACAUCCCUCCAGGGAUCGUCAAUAAAGAGUACAUCAUCUUUGGCAACAUGCAGGACCUCUAUGACUUCCACCACAAUAUAUUUCUGAAAGAGCUGGAGAAGUACGAGCUGCUGCCAGAGGAUGUGGGCCACUGCUUUGUGACAUGGGCUGAUAAAUUCCAGAUGUAUGUUCAUUACUGUAAGAACAAGCCAGACUCAACACAACUCAUCGUGGAACAUGCUGGCACUUACUUUGAUGAGAUUCAGCAGAGACACAGGCUGCCCAACUCCAUCUCCUCAUACCUCAUCAAACCCGUGCAGAGGAUCACCAAGUACCAGCUGCUGCUCAAGGACCUGCUGGGCUGCUGUGAGGAGGGUAAAGGAGAGAUUAAAGAUGGCCUGGAAGUCAUGCUCAGUGUGCCCAAGAGAGCAAAUGACGCCAUGCACCUCAGCAUGUUGGAAGGCUUCCCUGAGAGUCUGGAGUCCCAGGGGGAGCUGGUGGUGCAGGAGAGUUUCCAGGUGUGGGACUCCAAGUCCCUGAUCCGCAAGGGCCGCGAGCGCCACCUCUUCCUCUUUGAGAUGGCCCUGGUCUUCAGCAAGGAGGUCAAGGACAACGCCGGCCGCAGCAAGUACCAGUACAAGAGCAAGCUCAUGACUUGUGAGCUGGGUGUGACGGAGCAUGUGGAUGGAGACACGUGUAAAUUCGCCCUCUGGGCAGGAAGGAGUCAGGCCUCUGAUAAGAUCGUUCUCAAGGCCAGCAGUGUGGAGAGUAAGCAGGUGUGGAUCAGGCAGGUGAGGGAGGUGAUGCAGGAGCGCACCGUUCACCUGCGGGGGGCGCUGAGACAACCGCUGCCCAUCCCCCAGAGCAACGCCCUCGCCAGGGGCCGCAGGGAAGGAGAGGGCAUCUCGAGUGACGGUGAUGGCCACAGCCAAUCAGAUACCUCCAUUGCAUCAGGCUCCUCCCACAGCACAGCAGAGAGUGAGCAGGUGUCAGGAGGCUGUGAGCUGGCGUUGGUGGUGCGAGACUUCUCGGCAAGCAGCGGUGGGGAGCUGACGGUGCGGCGGGGCCAGAGGCUGCAGCUGAUGGGGGCCACCCCGGAGAGGCCCGACUGGUGCCGGGUGCGCUGCUCGGAGGGCGGGGGCACCAUGGAGGGCCUGGUGCCCCGCUGCUCCCUCUACCUGCCCCUGGCACACUGCACCACUGGGACCACCGAGGACGUGCACAGCAGCAGAGACUCUCUGUCCGUGUCCAGCCCUGACGGCGGAGUGUCGGGCGGUUCCCCGGGCAACCGUCGCUCUGGCUCGUCGCUAAGGAAGUGGCUGAGCAGCCCAGUGCGCAGGUUGAGCAGCGGCCGGGCCGACGCGCACGAGCGCAAGAGCAAGCAGCGGCGCGGACGCGAUGGAGCGCGCUCACCACGCGAGGCCGACCAUGUCACCAUCACCACGCCGCAGGAGGACAACAUGGAGGAGCGAGUGAGGGAUGAGGUGGUGUGCAGUGGUACCCUGUCUAAGUCGUCCUCGUCAGGCCUGCAGAGCUGUGGUGAAGAGGAAGGGGAGGAGUGCUCGGAGGCCGCCCCUCUACCGCCCCCUAUGGCCAUACAGCAGCACUGCCUCCUGCCGGAGGACUCCCAGGAAGACAAGAUUCCUCCUCGUCCAGCCACCAGGCUGACCAACCCUGACCCUCCUACAGCAGAAGAGCUGGUCACCGCCAUUCAGGAGCUGGUCAAGAGCAGAAUGGCACUCGAUGAGCAAGUUGAUGGGCAAAAUCCGUCCUGUUACCCCGGCAACCACUCUCUGCUGUCUUCCUCCCCUCCCGUCCCUGCAACAGAUGAACGCAAGUCGGCCUUCCUAAAGAGACGACACUUCGUGCUGCUGGAGUUGGUGGAGACCGAGAGAGACUACGUACGCGACCUCAGCUGUGUGGUGGAGGGCUACAUGAGGAAGAUGAAUGAGGAUGGCGUCCCUGACGACAUGAAGGGCAAAGACAAGAUCAUCUUCGGCAACAUCCACCAGAUCUUCGACUGGCACAAAGAGUACUUCCUGUCUGAGCUGGAGCGGUGCCUGGAGAAUCCAGACCGACUGGCUACUCUGUUCAUCAAACAGGAGCGACGCUUUCAGAUGUAUGUGGUGUACUGCCAGAACAAGCCCAAAUCAGAGCACAUUGUGUCUGAGUACAUAGACACCUACUUUGAGAGCCUGAGACAGUUGCUGGGACAUAGACUGCGCGUCACAGACCUUCUGAUCAAGCCUGUUCAACGGAUCAUGAAAUAUCAGCUCUUGCUCAAGGACUUCCUGAAGUUCUCACAGAGGGCUGGUCUGGACUGCACAGAGCUGGAGAAAGCAGUGGAGGUCAUGUGUAUCGUCCCCAAACGAUGUAACGACAUGAUGAAUGUAGGAAGACUGCAGGGCUUUGAGGGUAAAAUCACGGCGCAGGGGCAGCUGCUGCUGCAGGACAGCUUCCAGGUGGCGCAGGCGGAGACGGGGCCUCUGGCGCGCAUGAAGGAGCGCCGCGUCUUCCUCUUCGAGCAGAUCAUCAUCUUCAGCGAGCCCCUGGACCGCAGAAAAGGCUUCUCCACGCCGGCCUACCUCUUCAAGAACAGCAUGAAGGUCAGUGGGAUGCGACUCGAGGAGGCCGUGAGCUCUGACCCCGGCAGGCUGGUCCUGACCUCCCAGGCGCCUGGGGGCACUGUGGAGCACUUCAUCCUGCAGGCCCUGAGUCCCGCCGUGGGCCGAGCCUGGCGCCACCAGAUCACCCUCAUGUUGGAGAACCAACGCAACUUUCUCAAUGCCCUGACAUCUCCAAUAGAGUACCAGAGGGGCCAUAUGGGUGGGGGCAGCCCGGGCGCCUCCAGCAGCAGUAGCAGCAGUGCAGGUGUUGGUGUUGGUGUUGGUGUUGGUGUUGGUGUUGGUGUUGGUGUGGUUGGGGGGGCCACACGCUCCCGACCCCCCCAACAGCAUCCCCAUCAGCCUCGCUCCCCAGCCAUGGGCAAGCGACCCCCAGAUUGACAUCUACAGCAGUGGCCUCUCCAGCAUCUCUGUACCCAUCACCACCCCAUCACCCCACCGCAGGAGAAACCAGAG